GUUCUGCUGGUGCUCAUGAGGGCUCUCCUAUUCAGAGGUGAACAUGUGCCAUCUUCGAAGGACGCGGUGGCUCUUACCAUUUCUCAAUUCCCCCCGUGAUGUUGUCGUAUGAGAUAUGUGUGAGGUGUUGCUUGGUUGUACCUUGGCUAGGGAGUCGAGGCGAUAGUUGGUCGUGCAAGCUCUAAACCAUCGGACCUUGCUGCCUGGCAAACAAAGCCAAAGACGUGCAUUCACCACGCGUUUGUCCUCGUCUUCGCAACAAUCACACAUAUCGAUUCAAAACCACCUGGUUAUCCUAUACUGAGGUGGCAACGUAACCAUGGCCGCACCCACAGAGGCUCAGAUAGCCCAUCAAGAGCUCAUUGACAAGCUCGACAUCCACUCGAUUCCCAAGUCCUUCCGCAACACUAAUUGGCGGCCGAACCAGCGCCGCAACAAAAACAUCAAGACCAUACUGGGCGACGCCUCUCGUAAAGAAGCGUCCACCAUCGCCACUCCCCAGGACGGCGACAGCGGUGUCGCUACUCCAGCCGCCGCUGUCGACGAAAAUGGCCUCUCGACCUCGGGCACCUCGACGCCAGCUACCUCCGGCGGCAAGCUCGAGCCACCAAAUCUUGCGCAGGCGUCAAGGAGCUUGAGCAAGCUGGUCCUGGAGAAAAGUCUCAAGGCCGGCGGAGGAGGUGCUACGGCUUCAGCACCCAGCGCUACUUACACGAACAUCGAGAGCGCGCCGUCACUGGCUCACCAGAAACGAUACUGCGAUAUCACGGGUCUUCCGGCACCAUACAUGGACCCGAAGAGCCGGCUGAGGUAUCAUGACAAGGAAGUCUUCGGGUAUAUUCGCACUCUACCCCAAAGCGUGACAGAGCAGUAUCUCGAGGCUAGGGGUGCGCACACCAUUCUCAAAUAAGUGGUUGGGCACAUGUUUACAGGGUGAAUAUGGCGGCUGGCAAUUCAAGAUAUUCUUUGGCAGUACAUGAUAGCAACGGCGUUGGGCGUUUGAUACGAGCGGUGCGGACAGGGUGUUAUAACGCCGUGUUGUCAUUUGCGCCUGAAAAGUUCACAGAGCAUCAGCCAUAUGGGCUGUUUACACCAUUAUACUCACCUAAUCUACGGAGUACAUGAGAUCUACAGUAGGAAGCAGAAGAGUCGCUACCACUAUGGAAAUGUUCGACCAACAAAGUCAAGUCUAUCCUACGCACCAGUCACCUUUCGGUGACUGGUAGAAAGGUAUACACUCCGGC